AUGAAGCUUGCGAGAGCUCUUCCAAGGGGCCGUAAGGCUGUAUCCGCCCUCUCGGCCCCGCGGUCCCCAGGUCUCGUCCUGUCGUCCCGACCCAUCUCCACGACAGCUCCGCCGGCCAUUAACAGCAGCCGCUCGCCAGCUCUAUCCGCACGGCCACGGCAACAACAGCAACAACUCGCCGUCCUGAUAAAUGCUGGCGCCGGACGACAGAUUCAGAAGAGGCAAUAUGCGUCGGCUCCCGAGUCGGGCGAGUCCCUGAGCAAGACGCCGCUCUAUGACCUCCACCUCGCCCACGGUGCCAAGAUGGUACCCUUUGGCGGCUUCCACAUGCCCGUGCAGUACAGCUCGCUCUCCGUCGCGGCCUCGCACCACUUCACGCGGUCGCACGCCUCGUUGUUCGACGUUGGCCACAUGGUGCAGCACCGCUUCUCCGGCCCCGGCGCCACGGAUUUCUUGCAAAAGGUGACGCCCGCAUCGCUCCAGACCCUGCCGCUCCACCAGAGCACGCUGUCGACGCUGCUGUGGCCGGGCACGGGCGGUAUCGUCGACGACACCAUUGUCACCCGUCUCGGCGAGGACCUCUUCUAUGUCGUUACCAACGCCGCCUGCCGCGACAAGGACCUCGGGUACCUGCGGGAGCAGCUGAGCAAGUGGGAAAAGGCCGGCGGCAAAAAGGUCGAGCACGAGGUCCUCGACGGCUGGGGCCUCAUUGCCCUUCAGGGUCCCCUGUCCGAGGAGCUCCUGUCGGAGAUUCUGCUCGUGCCCGAGGAGGCCCGCCUUCGCGAGCUCUACUUUGGGCAGUCGCGCUUCGUCAUGCUGCGCGUCCGCGAUGGUGAGCUUAGCAAGCCCGUCCUCGUGAGCCGCGGCGGCUACACGGGCGAGGACGGCUUCGAGAUCUCCAUCCACCCCGACGACACGGUUGCCGUGACCGAGGCGCUGCUGGCGAGCGCCGGCCCCGACCGCCUGCAGCUCGCCGGCCUCGGCGCCCGCGACAGUCUCCGCCUCGAGGCCGGCAUGUGCCUGUACGGCCACGACCUGGACGAUACCACGACGCCCGUCGAGGCCGGCCUCAGCUGGGUCAUUGGCAAGGACCGCCGUUCGCCCGGCACCUUUCACGGCUCCGAGGUCAUUGUGCCACAGCUGACACCCAAGAGCAAGGGCGGCAGCGGCGUCGAGAGACGGCGCGUGGGCCUCGUGGUCGAGGGCGCACCGGCUCGCGAGGGCGCCGAGAUUGUUGACGCCGACGGCAACAAGAUUGGUGUCGUGACUAGCGGCUGCCCGUCCCCGACCCUAGGCAAGAACAUUGCCAUGGGUUACAUCAAGGACGGCCUGCACAAGAGUGGUACCGAGGUCAAGGUCAAGGUCCGUGGCCGGGAGAGAAAUGCCGUCGUCUCCAAGAUGCCGUUUGUGCCGAGCAAGUACUGGAAGGUAAGAAGUCCAUGGGAGCCCGCUCUAGAGAAUACGAAAGCCUCACGACAUGGCCGAAAAGAGAACUGA